CUCUCGGAGCCCCAGCCGGCUCCACCCGCCUUGGCGGUUUGGAUAUUUAUUGACCUCGUCCUCCGACUCGCUGACAGGCUGCAGGACCCCCAACACCCCGAUCCACGUUUUGGGUGCACUGAGACCCCGACAUUCCUCGGCAGGAGGCUGCGCAGCGAGCCAAUCCGAAGGCGAGUGGAGGCGGCCGAAGGUUUGAGAGGAGCUAGCGGGACGUGAAGCGGACGAAUCAGCGGUGGGGGAGGAAAAGCCACGGGGCGGGGCUUUGGCGUCUGGCCAAUAGAGGGUGAGCGGGCCACCCGGAGGCACCGCCCACGCCCAGCUGUGGCCCAGCUGCGGCACCAAGCGACUAGAAGAAGGGGGCUGGGCUGGUAGCGCGCGCGGCCAUCCUCCUUCCACUGCGCCUGCGUACGCCACGCGCAUCCGCUCUGGGGACGCAAGCUCCAGAAAAGUUGCUGCAAACUUUCUGGCCCGUUCCCCGCCCCUCCUCCCGGCCAGACCCGCCCCCCCUGCGGAGCCGGGAAUUCCGAGGGGCGGAGCGCAGGCCGAGAUGGGGAAUGUGGGGGCCUGCAGAGGACCCUGGAGACGGAGGCGUGCAGAAGCGCAGUCUCGGAGCGGACGCUUCGCGCCCUUAGCCCUCCUGGACGGCCCGUUACCUUCUGCGUUGUCCCGAUGGGGAAACUGAGGCCCUGAGCCAGAAGCACACGCGGGGGGAGGCCGAAAGCGCGGCCAGAGGCGGAGGGAAAACAAAGGGAGAAUCACGGACAGACGGGGAGAGGGACGAACACACACACACAGGGACAGAGACCGGGUGGAGAGCUGGGUCUUGCCUUCCCGCUGUGGGGCGCAGGGUUGGCCUGGGGAGAUCGAGAAGCGCGGGGAGUGGGGCGAAAAGGGGGGACAGGUGGGGGAGGGGGCUGGGGAAAGCCCAAGGGAGGAAGAGAAGGAGGGAGGAACUUCCCAAAGUUGCAAAACAUGGCUACCUUGCCUGCGGAGCCGAGCGUGGGGCCGGCGGCCGGGGGGGAGGCGGUGGCGGCCACGGCGACCGAAGAGGAGGAGGAGGAAGCACGCCAGCUCCUGCAGACUUUGCAGGCGGCCGAGGGUGAGGCGGCGGCAGCGGCCGGGGCCGGGGCGGGUGAAGCGGCGGCGGGAGCGGAGGGCCCGGGAUCCCCGGGCGUCCCCGGGUCGCCCCCCGAGGCCGCUGCCGAACCGCCCACGGGCCUCCGCUUCUCACCCGAGCAGGUGGCGUGUGUCUGCGAGGCGCUGCUCCAGGCGGGCCACGCCGGCCGCUUGAGCCGCUUCCUAGGCGCACUGCCCCCGGCCGAGCGCCUACGUGGCAGCGACCCGGUGCUGCGCGCGCGGGCCCUGGUGGCCUUCCAGCGGGGCGAGUACGCCGAGCUCUACCGGCUACUCGAGAGCCGCCCCUUCCCCGCCGCCCACCACGCCUUCCUGCAGGACCUCUACCUGCGCGCGCGCUACCACGAGGCCGAGCGGGCCCGCGGCCGCGCGCUGGGCGCAGUGGACAAGUAUCGACUGCGCAAGAAGUUCCCGCUGCCCAAGACCAUCUGGGACGGCGAGGAGACAGUCUACUGCUUCAAGGAGCGCUCCCGUGCCGCGCUCAAGGCCUGCUACCGCGGCAACCGCUACCCCACGCCGGACGAGAAGCGCCGCCUGGCCACGCUCACCGGCCUCUCGCUCACGCAGGUCAGCAACUGGUUCAAGAACCGGCGACAGCGCGAUCGGACCGGGGCCAGUGGCGGCGCGCCCUGCAAGAGCGAGUCUGAUGGGAAUCCCAUGACUGAGGACGAGUCCAGCCGAAGUCCUGAGGACCUGGAGAGAGGGGCGGCCCCAGUGUCUGCCGAGGCAGCAGCCCAGAGCUCCAUAUUCCUGGCAGGGGCCAGCCCUCCUGCGCCGUGCCCUGCCUCCUCCUCCAUCCUGGUGAAUGGGAGCUUCCUGGCUGCCAGCAGCUCCCCAGCAGUACUCCUCAACGGGGGUCCUGUCAUCAUCAAUGGCCUGGCCCUGGGCGAGGCCUCCAGCCUGGGCCCGCUGCUGCUCACCGGGGGCGGGGGUGCCCCUCCACCGCAGCCCAGCCCUCAGGGGGCCAGUGAGGCCAAGACCUCCCUGGUCCUGGACCCUCAGACAGGGGAGGUGCGGCUGGAGGAGGCCCAGCCAGAGGCCCCCGAGACCAAAGGGGCCCAGGUGGCUGCUUCGGGACCAGCCCCUGGAGAGGAGGUCCCAGGGCCCCUGCCCCAAGUGGUGCCUGGCCCCCCACCAGCUGCCACCUUUCCUCUGCCCCCGGGGCCAGUGCCUGCUGUGGCUGCCCCGCAAGUGGUGCCACUCUCCCCACCCCCAGGGUACCCCACGGGGCUGAGCCCCACUUCCCCACUGUUGAACCUGCCCCAGGUGGUGCCCACCUCACAGGUGGUGACCCUGCCCCAAGCUGUGGGGCCACUGCAGCUGUUGGCAGCCGGGCCAGGCAGCCCUGUGAAGGUGGCAGCCGCAGCAGGCCCUGCCAACGUGCACCUGAUCAACUCCGGGGUGGGCGUGACUGCCCUGCAGCUGCCUUCGGCCACUGCCCCAGGAAACUUCCUCCUAGCCAAUCCUGUGUCUGGGAGCCCCAUCGUGACGGGUGUGGCCGUGCAGCAGGGCAAGAUCAUCCUCACCGCUACCUUCCCCACCAGCAUGCUCGUCUCCCAGGUCCUGCCACCAGGCCCUGGCCUGGCCCUGCCCUUGAAGCCAGAGACGGCCAUCUCUGUGCCUGAGGGAGGCCUCCCAGUGGCCCCCAGCCCUGCUCUCUCAGAGGCCCAUGCCCUAGGCACCCUCUCCACGCAGCAGCCACCUCCCGCCGCCACCACCUCUGGCGCCAGCCUGCCCUUCUCCCCUGACUCCCCCGGCCUCCUGCCCAGCUUCCCAGCAGCCCCGCCGGAGGGGCUGAUGCUGUCACCUGCAGCUGUGCCAGUCUGGCCAGCAGCGCUGGAACUAAGUGCAGGAACAGAGGGGCUGCUGGAAACAGAAAAGGGGCUGGGGACGCAGGCCUCCCACACCGUGCUGAGGCUGCCAGACCCUGACCCUGAGGGGCUGCUCCUGGGGGCCACUGCAGGGGGCGAGGUUGAUGAGGGGCUAGAAGCUGAGGCCAAGGUUCUGACACAGCUCCAGUCAGUGCCUGUGGAGGAGCCCUUGGAACUGUGACCCAGCGCGGCCCCGACCCCGUGGCCUCACACAACAAUGGUGCUGAAGACUUAGGGACAGGAGCUGGAGGAGGGAGACCCUGGACGCGAUUGCUGAAGACCCCAGCCACCAUGUCCUACCCGGGUUGCCUCUCCCAGCCCUGGUGAUGCUGGGAGACGCGUCCCAGGUCACUUCCUGCCCAGGGCUCCUUCCCUUCUGGAUGAGAGGCCUCUCUGUUACAGCCCUCCCCAUGCUGUGCCCUGCCAUAUACACGGAGGACUCGGGGGUCUUGACUCAGGGGCCCUGCCCCUUCCACCUGGUACUAGCUGUGAGCAGAACACCCUGCCCCAGGGCCGGACUUCCAGACUUCAGAGCCUUCUCCCUGUCACUCCCUGAAACACUAUUAAUAGCUCUGCUGAUAGAAAGCUGGUGUUGUCACAACUGCCUGGAAUCCAAAGGUAGAGGACAGGCAGCCCCCACCCGAGACUGGAGACCCUCCCAAGCGUGGCAUUUCCUGCCAGAGUGGGGGGCAGCUGUGGGGCGCUGGGGAUCUUCCCCCACCAGCUCCCACCCUUGUCGUCACAUCUGACCCAGACCAAAGAGUCCCUCAUCCCCGGGGGCAGCCCUGCCCACUGUGUCCCCUUUGUAUCCUAAAUCUUUAUUUUUCUAGGACAUGUUAUGCCUCCAUUUUCAAUUAAAAUAAAGUUAGUGGACUACACCACCA